AUGGGAAAGUUGGAUGCGGGAAAAGCAAUGAUCUGCCGUCUUGGCGGCCUUGGCGCCCCAUGUCCCGCUCGGCGGACCAAUCACCACUGCACCUGCCCUGAAUGCCGCGUGUUAGUGCAAGGGCUUAGGGCUACUCGGAGGAGCCCGUCGCAGCAGUGGAGGAGAUACCAAGGUGGGAAACAACAAGAGAGGACCGUAGAACAUCGCGAUCAUCCCGAACAUAGCUACACUGAGCAUAGCACCAUCACACCGGCCGGUUCAGAGGUCGAACACCCACUCAACACUCUACCGUUUCUGCAACGUCCGGGCGAACGGGUCCCCAUGUGUCUCUCAGACCGCGUCCGUAUCAGGUUGGACCUCCUCCAAAGUCGCGACGAAACAGAAUACGAGGCUGAAAGAGACAACACGCUAAUCAGUGGAUUGCUGGUUGAGCCGCGUCAUACUGUCCCGGUCAAGUCCCAACAGGAGAGGUCCGUCCCCUGUCACUCCCCCGCCACGAUGAACUAG